AUGGCUCGUCAGAUCCGGCCAGUGCGACCAGUCGAGGAGCGACCUCCAAUCGAGGUUCCCAAGCCUAAUUUCAAAGGCAAAGGCAAUCGUAGUGUAUUUUUGAUUAUGCUGUCCAUUCCGCUCGUCGCUGUGACAACUGCAGUGUUGUACAAACGGGUUCUAGUAGGACAGCCCAAACGGGUUCAGACAGGCGAAUACACACCGGACGGCGGUUUGAGAAUGUUUACCGAGGACGAAAGAGAAGAUCGGGACUCGAAAUCCUGGAUGACACGGAUCUUCGGUAGAGAAAAAUAG